AUGACGAUGAUGAUAUCAAAACUUCCAAUUGAUUUGGUGGAGGAGAUUCUCUCUAGGGUUCCACUGAAAUCUAUAGGAGCAGUACGAUCUACUUGCAAAAAGUGGAACGCUUGCUUUAGAGAUAAACACAUAAGCAAAACAGGAAAAGAGUUUCUGAUGAACACGAGAGAUCAUAGGGUUUAUUUGAUCAACGUCAACCAUUACAAAACUCACGUCAACAAGUUUGAUCUAUCCGUGAAGCGUAAGGGUACACUUAUGACUCGAGAAAAUUCAGGUGAAGUAAUAUCUAUAAGAUGGAUUAAGUGGCCUAGUGGCCGAUUUGAAGAAGAUCAGAUUGCGUUUGGAUACAACAAAUCCUCUUGUGGUAUCUUUGGUGUGUCUUUGAAGGGAGACUAUUACUCGUAUGCUAGAGAUCAGGAAUCACAUGGUUUCUUAAGGUGUUUUGAUUUUACAAUAGAGAGGUUUGGACCGCGUCUGCCUCUGCCAGUUGAUCUUAGUAUUGUACAUGGUGUGUCUCUGUCUACGGUUAGAGAAGAGCAGCUUGGGCUGUUAGUAAACCGGUCCGAUACGUAUAAGAUGGAGGUUUGGGUUACCAAUAAAACUGAGCCGGAUGCUGUCUUGGACGAAUUUCCUCAAGGUUGA